GGGCACUGGGUUUCUUUUUAAAAAUCCCAGGGAAAAACCUCAAAGAGAAGCUUCCCGGCGAGCUCAGAACGGCAGGGCAACGCCAGAGGCUUUGGAGAUGGCAAAUCAGGUAUUGCUUCACUUCCUGGUUCCUUUGUUCUGUGGCGCCAUCUCCCAGCCCAUCCACUACUCCAUCCCGGAGGAGCUACCCAAGGGCUCUCGGGUGGGGAAUCUCGCCAAGGACCUGGGGCUCAGUAUCCAGGAACUGCCAGCUCGAAAAAUGAGAGUGAGUGCAGAGGAUUAUUUCAGCGUUAGUGCAGACAGUGGGGAUUUGUUAGUGAGUGGCAGGAUAGACAGAGAGAAGAUCUGCGGGAGGAAGUCUGAGUGUGCGCUGGAAUUUGAAUCAGUCACUGAAAACCCGAUGAAUGUUUUCCACGUGGUUGUUACCAUCCAGGAUAUAAAUGAUAACGCACCACAUUUCUUUGGGAAGAGCAUUGAGUUGGAGAUCUGCGAGUCAGCCCUGCCAGGGGUAAAAUUCCCUCUGGACGCUGCGCGAGACCCAGACGUGGGAAGCAACUCGCUGAAGAUGUACGCCAUCAGCCCUAAUCCACACUUCUCCCUGUCAACCAAGGAAGGCCCCGAAGGUACCAAAUACCCAGAACUGCUGCUGGAAAGACUUCUAGACAGGGAGCGCCAGAGCUCCCAUCACUUGACGCUGACCGCCGUGGAUGGGGGGGACCCACCCCUAAACAGCACCGCCCAGAUCCGGAUCCAAGUCACCGACGCCAACGAUAACGCUCCAGCGUUCAGCCAGGACGUUUACAGAGCUAGCCUCCGAGAAAACGUGCCCGUGGGCACCGUAGUGCUGCAGGUGACAGCCACAGAUGAGGACGAGAGUGUUCACGGAGAGAUCACCUACGCCUUCCUGAGUGGGCCGGCCAGGGCUGACCUCGUCUUCAGCCUCGAUCCGAACACCGGAGCUAUCACGACCAAUGGUACCUUGGAUUUUGAAGACAAGAGUGGAUACGUGUUGGGUGUGGAAGCCAAGGACGGAGGGGUGCACACGGCUCACUGCAACGUUGAGAUUGAAAUUCUUGAUGAGAAUGACAAUGCCCCAGAGGUGACAUUCAUGUCCUUUUCCAACCAAGUUCCAGAGGACUCGGUCCUUGGAACAGUAAUAGCCCUCAUUAAAGUUCGAGACAGGGAUUCUGGACAAAAUGGUCUGGUGACAUGCCAUAUUCAGGAAGAACUUCCCUUCAAACUACAAGCCACCUCCAAGAACUAUUACAAGCUAGUGAUUGACAAGGCCCUAAAUCGGGAACAGACCUCCGAGUACAACGUCACUAUCACAGCUAGCGACAGUGGCAAGCCAUCCCUUUCAUCCAAGACAUGUGUCACUGUGCACAUC